CGCGGGGUGCCCCCCGGCCGCCGCCCAGCAGCCCGCCGCUCUCCAUCAUGGGCCUCAUGCCGCUCACCAAGGAGGUGGCCAAGGGCAGCAUCGGGCGCGGCGUGCUCCCAGCCGUGGAGCUAGCCAUCGAGCAGAUCCGCAACGAGUCACUCCUGCGCCCCUACUUCCUGGACCUACGACUCUAUGACACCGAGUGUGACAAUGCAAAGGGCCUGAAAGCCUUCUAUGAUGCAAUAAAGUACGGGCCCAACCAUUUGAUGGUGUUUGGAGGCGUCUGUCCAUCUGUCACGUCCAUCAUCGCCGAGUCCCUCCAAGGCUGGAAUCUGGUGCAGCUUUCCUUCGCCGCCACCACGCCUGUUCUUGCGGACAAGAAGAAGUACCCAUAUUUCUUCCGGACGGUGCCCUCUGACAACGCCGUGAACCCAGCCAUCCUGAAGCUGCUGAAGCACUUCCGAUGGCGGCGCGUGGGCACACUCACGCAGGACGUGCAGCGCUUCUCCGAGGUGAGGAAUGACCUGACCGGGGUUUUGUACGGGGAGGACAUCGAGAUCUCAGACACAGAGAGCUUCUCCAACGAUCCCUGCACCAGCGUCAAAAAGCUCAAGGGGAAUGACGUGCGGAUCAUCCUUGGCCAGUUUGACCAGAACAUGGCAGCGAAAGUCUUCUGUUGUGCCUUCGAGGAGAGCAUGUUCGGCAGCAAGUACCAGUGGAUCAUCCCAGGCUGGUACGAGCCGGCGUGGUGGGAUCAGGUGCACGUGGAGGCCAACUCCUCCCGCUGCCUGCGCAGGAGCCUCCUGGCGGCCAUGGAGGGCUACAUCGGAGUGGACUUCGAGCCCCUGAGCUCCAAACAGAUCAAGACCAUCUCAGGGAAGACUCCACAGCAAUACGAAAGAGAAUAUAACAGCAAGCGCUCAGGUGUGGGGCCCAGCAAGUUCCACGGGUACGCCUAUGAUGGCAUCUGGGUCAUCGCCAAGACACUGCAGAGGGCCAUGGAGACCCUGCAUGCCAGCAGCAGGCACCAGCGGAUCCAGGACUUCAACUACACAGACCACACGCUGGGCAGGAUCAUCCUCAAUGCCAUGAACGAAACCAACUUCUUCGGGGUCACGGGUCAAGUUGUGUUCCGGAACGGAGAGAGAAUGGGAACCAUUAAAUUUACUCAAUUUCAAGAUAAAAAGGAGGUGAAGGUGGGCGAGUACAACGCAGUGGCUGACACGCUGGAGAUCAUCAACGACACCAUCAGGUUCCAGGGGUCUGAGCCACCCAAGGACAAGACCAUCAUCCUGGAACAGCUGCGAAAGAUCUCCCUUCCACUGUACAGCAUCCUAUCGGCCCUCACCAUCCUCGGCAUGAUCAUGGCCAGCGCCUUCCUCUUCUUCAACAUCAAGAACCGGAACCAGAAGCUGAUCAAGAUGUCGAGUCCCUACAUGAACAACCUCAUCAUCCUGGGCGGAAUGCUGUCCUAUGCGUCCAUCUUCCUCUUCGGCCUCGAUGGAUCCUUCGUCUCGGAAAAGACCUUCGAAACACUCUGCACGGUCCGGACCUGGAUUCUCACCGUGGGCUACACAACUGCCUUUGGGGCCAUGUUUGCGAAGACCUGGAGGGUCCAUGCCAUCUUCAAAAAUGUAAAGAUGAAGAAAAAGAUCAUCAAAGACCAGAAGCUGCUUGUGAUUGUGGGGGGCAUGCUACUGAUCGACCUGUGCAUCCUGAUCUGUUGGCAGGCGGUGGACCCCCUGCGGAGGACGGUGGAGAGGUACAGCAUGGAGCCGGACCCAGCAGGCCGGGACAUCUCCAUCCGCCCACUGCUGGAACACUGCGAAAACACCCACAUGACCAUCUGGCUCGGCAUCGUCUACGCCUACAAGGGGCUCCUCAUGUUGUUCGGUUGCUUCUUAGCGUGGGAAACACGCAACGUGAGCAUCCCUGCCCUCAACGACAGCAAGUACAUCGGGAUGAGCGUGUACAACGUGGGCAUCAUGUGCAUCAUCGGGGCUGCCGUCUCCUUCCUAACACGGGACCAGCCCAACGUGCAGUUCUGCAUUGUGGCCCUGGUCAUCAUCUUCUGUAGCACGAUCACUCUCUGCCUGGUGUUUGUGCCAAAGCUCAUCACUCUGAGGACAAACCCCGACGCAGCCACUCAGAACAGGCGAUUCCAGUUCACACAGAACCAGAAGAAAGAAGAUUCGAAGACUUCCACUUCGGUCACCAGCGUAAACCAGGCGAGCACGUCACGCCUAGAAGGGUUGCAGUCAGAAAACCACCGCCUAAGGAUGAAGAUCACAGAGCUGGACAAAGACUUGGAAGAAGUCACCAUGCAGCUACAAGACACCCCAGAGAAGACCACAUACAUCAAACAGAAUCACUACCAAGAACUCAACGACAUCCUCAGCUUGGGCAACUUCACAGAGAGCUCAGAUGGAGGAAAGGCCAUUCUAAAAAAUCACCUCGAUCAAAAUCCCCAGCUACAGUGGAACACAACAGAGCCCUCGAGAACGUGCAAAGAUCCCAUAGAAGACAUCAACUCCCCAGAGCACAUCCAGCGCCGGUUGUCCCUCCAGCUCCCGAUCCUCCACCACGCCUACCUCCCGUCCAUUGGAGGCGUGGACGCCAGCUGUGUGAGCCCCUGUGUCAGCCCUACCGCCAGCCCCCGCCACAGACAUGUGCCACCCUCCUUCCGAGUCAUGGUCUCGGGCCUGUAGGGGUAGGAGGCCUGGGGCCGGGGCCUCCCCGGGGACAGCACCAAGCUGGGCCAAGGCACCCGCCGCUGGCGCGCUGACGGCGGUGAGAAGCUGAGCACUACGCUGCCUCUCCAGGGCUGGAACAGCGCUCAGACAGAGGGACUCGGCACGACCACGAGCCUUAUCUGCGGAAGGUCUUACUCUCGCGAGGGAGGCGAUGACUUCUCCUUGGUGUCUGCAAGCAAAGAGGAGUUGGGACGCCUGAAACUUGCAAAAAACAAAUCAAAAUCUAGAUAAAGGAGAGAGGUCACAGACUCCAGCCAUCCUCACCAAGUGGCCAGAGCAAGGGCUCGGCAGAAAUGGCCUCUGCACUCUGCACACACGUCAUCGGCGGUGCCCGCCCCCACACACCAGCCCUUCUCCACUCUGGGGAAGACGGUGAGCAGGGCCACUAGGUCCCCAGCAGCUGGCCCAGCCCACCUCAGGCUCCCUGGAACGGAACAGGGAGUCCGCGGGAAGGGCAGACAGACAGACAAACACAGCCCUGGGGCUGGGGAACCAGAGCCGGCAGCUGUGCAUGCUCCCAGGGGACACUGAUCGGAAGAGAGAUGUUUGUUACUCUCUGAUAAAUGCCACACAUUAACACAAUAACACCCGUUCUGGGGACUGUGGGGAUUCAGGGCACCUCACUGCAGAAACUCUGCAGUGUUCAACCGACAGUCUGUCAUGCUCCCACCAUGUCGGCCAUGUCCUUGUGUUCAAUUUUAGGGUUCCCGGUAAUAAGGGGAACCACCCGAGCUAAUCAUGGAAUGUCUGCUCCCAGAAAACACGAUAAAGAAAGAUUGUGCACUUUAACCUCUCCCGUGGGGGCCCAAGGGCUGCUGGGAUUUUUCCCCCCCAUUGACUUUGUUUCUGACCAAAGUGAAUCAGGGGCAUUCUGCUACAAGUCACCCCUGUGUUCCAGGGGAGAGUUACUUUCCAGUGCCCCUCCAGCCCAGCCCGUGUGUGACCCCUCGGGUGUCACUGGGGUGGUCAGUCAGCAGGCUGGUUUUCACCUUCCACAUCAUACUUUCCUUGUCAUUGAACCCCAAAGAGCACCUGCCCGAGAGUCAUACCUGGAUUUGAGUCUUCAGUCCCCUCAGGCUCCCUCCGUGACCUUGGGCAAGUCACCAGUGUCGCUCUGAGCCUCAGUUUCCCCUCCGUGUAACAGACUGGGGUUGAAAUAACACCCAUCCUGCCUACCUCACAGGGUCACUCUGGGGAUGGACACUCAUCCAGGAGAGCUGUGCACUGUGAAGCAGCCCUGACCUGUGAGGUAUUAGUGUGACCAUGACCUUCAGCCCUCCCACAAGCCGGGGGUGCAGUGUGGCCCAGAGAAGCUUCCAGCAAGGCCCUCUCCCCCAGGGACAGCCCAGUGGGAGGGAGGCUCAGGACUCUCCUGACAUUCCUAGACAGGUUCAUCCCUUGCUAAAAGCCUGAAUGGCGAUGUCCAGGGGCGUCUGCACCACAGAGCGGCUCGCUCACGCCCUAAAGAAUCCUAACGGCAGCUUCCACAAGCAGGCAAUAAUCUCUUCCCAGACCAUGGCAGUCAGGAACACACUGCUGUCAACCACCAGGCUGUGACAAAAGGGCCCGCGGGAAUGACCAUCACCAACAUUUCAAGACACCCUAAUUCACGUAGCAUAGCUCUCCCUUUCCCUUCCUCAAAGAGAGGUUACGGAGGUUCUGUAGCUUUUAAGGGGGAAAAAAAUGUCAACACAUCACAGGUCAAGUUGAUGUCAUUCUCUGUUUAGGCACUAAAACUCCCUGCUGUCACUCACUGUGUGUUAACCAGUAUUUCCUUGCUCUUUUGAUUUCACCGAAACCAAAUUUUAUUUAAAAGAUCACAUUAGUUUUUUUUCAAAGGGAAAGAGAUAAUUAACUGUACAUAAUGUAUACAGACAAAAAAAAACCUGUAGAAAUAUUACUCCAGCAUAGCAGGAAAAAAACAAAAACAAAAGUAUUGGAUUGUCGGAGGUGAGCGUGUGUCUGUAAUCCCUUGUGACUCCGAUCCGUGCUCUGUCUUCUAGGUAAACCCACAAGGUACAUCUCUGUCUACUGAUCCUGUAGGUUCACCAUUUUUUUUUAAUUUCUCUGCAAUUAACAAGCCCCACAAAGUGAUUCUGGCUAUCUACUGGUUCUGUUCUUUUAUAUGCAGCAAACACUUGGUCCAUUUCCUAGAGGCUUCCGCCUGAGGGCAUCUUCCAAUGACGUUAGUGCACACACACACACACACACACACACACCUGCUUUCAAUUAGACCGGAACUGGCAGAAUCAAAUGUAAAUGAGGAGUUUCUCUCACCCCACUGCAUGGUAUCGAUUUUUAAUAAAUUGUUGCAAAUUUGUUUUUAUGAAUAAAAUGGGGGGAAAAUCCUAUU